GGCGCCUGCGCAUGAGCCUCCGGGAGAGGGAAGGAGUGGGUCUGUGCGGAGGGACGCGUAGAUUAGCAGCGCCGUGGCUCCAGAGGCGGAGCCGGAAGCGCCACGGUUUGACCCCGGAGCCCCUCUGUUUUCGAAGGGGCUGCUGUCUUCCUCACGGCCAGGUCCGCCUCCUCCCCUUCUUCCCCGGUACCCGGAGGCUGAAGCCCCGGGUUGGGCGGGGCGGCGCAGCCCAAGCUCUCGGACCCGGAAGAAGCGCCGUCUCCCGCCUCCACCAUGGAGCCCACCGUGCUGUCCCUCACCGAGGAGGACCUGACCGAAGUGAAGAAGGAUGCUUUAGAAAAUUUGAGGGUGUACUUGUGUGAGAAACUCAUAGCUGAGAGACAUUUUGAUCAUCUGCGUGCAAAAAAAAUACUCAGCAGAGAAGACACUGAAGAAAUUUCUUGCCGAACAUCAAGUAGAAAAAGGGCUGGAAAAUUAUUAGACUACUUACAAGAAAACCCCAAAGGACUAGACACCCUUGUUGAAUCUAUUCGGCGAGAAAAAACACAGAACUUCUUGAUUCAGAAGAUUACAGAUGAAGUGCUGAAACUUAGAAAUAUAAAGCUAGAACAUCUGAAAGGACUGAAAUGUAGCAGCUGUGAGCCUUUUCCAGAUGGAGCCACAAACAACCUUUCUAGAUCAAAUUCAGAUGAGAGUAAUUUCUCUGAAAAACUGGGAGCAUCCACUGUCAUAUACCACCCAGAAGGAGAAUCCAGCACGGCCCCCUUUUUUUCUACUGAUUCUUCUCUGAAUUUGCCUAUUCUAGAAGUAGGCAGAACUGAAAAUACCACUUUCUCUUCAACUACGCUUCCUAGACCUGGGGAUCCUGGCGCUCCUCCUUUGCCACCAGAGCUGCAGUUAGAAGAAGAAGGAACUUGUGGAAACUCUAGUGAAAUAUUUCUUCCUUUAAGAUCACGUGCUCUUAUGGCUGGGCGCGGUGUCUCACACCUGUAAUCCUAGCACUCUUGGAGGCUGAGAUGAGUGGAU